AUGAUUUCCAUAGGCAGCCGCUUAUCAGCAGCCAUAGGCCGACUCAGAGAUGUCGUCUAUCGAGUUGACGAAAAGAUCAAUACCUCUACUUUUGGACGGAUAUUUCGCCUGAGAGGCUGUGGUCACGAGGACGAGAUUCAAGAUGCGACAUUCUCAAGGGAGUUUCGAGCUGGCCUGACCACCUUCGCCACAAUGUCCUACAUCAUUGCAGUCAACGCGCAUAUCUUGGCAGACACCGGCGCCAACUGUGUAUGCAAAAACCAAACGGAUGUUGGUAUCUGCUCCAAUGAGACUGAAUACUUGAUUUGUCAGAAUGCUACGGCCGCUGUCGCCGGCUUCUCCAGCAUUCUUUUCGGAUUUCUCACCAAUCUUCCAGUCGCAUUGGCACCGGGAAUGGGCCUCAACGCCUACUUCACGUACCAAGUCGUCGGCGUUCGAGGCACUGGAUCGAUCCCAUAUGGCCUGGCUCUGACAGCGGUGUUUGUAGAGGGGUUCAUCUUCAUCCUACUUGCGAUAACCGGCAUGCGACACUGGCUCGUCAAGAUAGUACCAGGCACCCUCAAGACCGCGUCCGGAGUUGGCAUCGGCUUGUUCCUCACUCUUGUGGGAAUGUCUUACGGCAAUGGCAUUGGUCUUGUUACUGGAAGCGUGUCAACCCCCUUGGCGAUUGGCGGCUGCCCGCCCGAGGAUCUGUACCGUGGCGAAUGCCCCAAUAAUAUCAUGCAGAGCCACAAGAUGUGGCUCGGAAUAUUUGGCGGUCUUCUAACGGCCUGGCUCAUGGCUUUCCGGGUCAAGUCAGCAAUCAUCAUCGGCAUUGCCAUCGUUUCGAUUCUCUCAUGGCCGCGCAACACCUCACUCACAUACUUUCCUCACACGGAUGAAGGCGAUUCCCGAUUUGAAUUCUUCAAAAAGAUUGCUGAUUUUCACCCAAUCCAGCACACCCUUGGAGCCCAAGAAUGGGAUUUGUCAGGAGGCAACGGCGCAAAGUUUGCUAUUGCCGUCUUUACCUUCCUAUAUGUGGACAUCAUAGACUGCACCGCCACUCUGUAUUCUAUGGCGCGUUUCUGCAACAAGGUUGACGAAAAGGACGGAGAUUUCCCUCGCUCAACACUGGCAUACUGCACGGAUGCCGCCUGCAUAUCGUUUGGAUCCCUGCUUGGGUGCUCUCCUGUGACAGUCUUUGUCGAGAGCGGAGCGGGAAUCGCCGAAGGCGGACGGACUGGCCUGACAGCAAUCAUUACCGGCAUUUGCUUCCUUGUGUCGAUUUUCUUUGCGCCCAUUUUUGCAUCAAUCCCACCAUGGGCAACGGGAUGCACUCUAAUUCUGGUCGGUUGUCUGAUGAUCCGUCAGGUGGUUGCUGUCAACUGGGGCUACAUAGGCGAUGCCCUUCCGUCCUUUGUCACAAUUUGCUUCAUCCCAUUCAGCUACAGCGUGGCUUAUGGUCUUAUCGCAGGCAUAUUCGUCUAUACUGUGAUCAACUCUCUCAUCUGGAUCGUGAUGUUUGUGAGUGGCGGCGAACUUGAGCCUUGGGAGUACAACCGCAAGGAGUACUGGACCUGGAAGCCUGCGGGGAGAAAGCCAUGGCUUUUCCGGGUCUUCACCAAAGGCCAAUACUGGGCAGAGGAACGACUUCAUCUCAAGAAAGAUGGCUCGGAUGUACGAUCGAUCCAGCGUCAAUCUGCGACCGAGUCCGAGGAAAAGCCACUUGAAGACCGUUUCUCGGCUGCCUCGGUAUCAAUGCCCCCUCGCGCUGCACUUCUGUAG